AUGCCUCGCACACGUAGCUUUCCGUGUUCGUGGGUCUCAUGCAAAAAGGUGUUCAAUCGCAAAUCAGAUCUCUGCAGGCACUACCGGAUUCACACGAACGAGCGGCCGUAUAGAUGCAACUUUCCGAACUGUACCAAAAGCUUCAUCCAGCGUUCGGCGUUGACGGUGCACUCGCGCACACAUACGGGAGAGAAGCCGCAUGUCUGCAACUUUGCAAACUGUAGCAAGGCAUUCUCAGAUUCGUCGAGUCUUGCUAGACAUAGAAGGAUACACACCGGCCGACGACCGUACAAGUGUCUGGAACCGACUUGUGAUAGAAGCUUCUGUCGCAAGACAACCCUCACCAAACACCAAAGCCGUUCACACCAACCAGAGGCCGUCUCGCCGUCUGCGCAAUCAUGCGAGUCAGAGCUCUACUCCCAACAGGCGCAGCAUUCGAUAUCAAUGAUGUCACAGUCGCCGCAAGUACCGCAACACCAACUACAAUCGCAACAGCCUCAGCCGCAGGACCAGCAGCUCCAGUCACAACCGCAACAUUUACAAUCUCAGCCACGGCCACAACAACAUUCCCCUUACCAACAACAGCAUUCACCAAUAAUAGCCGUACCUGUAGCGGACUACUUCCAUGCCCAAGCCCAACCAACAACCGUACACUCCAUCCCCAUCUCCGCAGAACAACCCAUUCUCCCGCCACAGGUGCACUAUGUCACAACGGGCAUGAUCUCAUCCCAGAUCCCCCGUUAUGAUAUCCCAAUCACAACCUCAGCACCCGUCUCCACACCAACGUCUAUGGACCACCUUGCAUACAACCAUCCCAUUUCGGUAUCCAUGCCCCAGCAGCAGCGGAUACAAGCGCCGCAGCCGGUUCCAAUUCCGCACCAGGCGGACGGAGGCUUCCAGGUUCUCCCAGUCGUUGCAGGUGGAGCUGGCGGACAAUACAUGAAGGAAUUCGACCAAAUGAAACAUGGCCAGCAAAGAUUCUUUGGAUCAGCAUACCCAGAUCAAAUGAACUGGGAGUUUUUGGGCUUAAGUUAG